AUGGACGCACGACAAGCAGACUACCCGCAGUCAGGUUUGAGCUCGCCCUACCCAACCUUUCCUGAACCAGUUUCUGAGGGAACCUCUGCAGAUCAAGCAUCUGCUGCGCAAUACCCUCCCCAAGGACAAGAUCCUCGCUCUUCCAACCUCACACCCAGCUCAGACUACAGUCUGAAUCCCUCGUCUGCUCGAUCAGGCUCAUUUCCCGAAUACAUUCAGCGUUCGUAUCAACCAGCUGCUCAAGGGCAAGCUCCCGGUGGUAUGGCGCAACAACAGAGUCCGUCAAUGCCUAUCCCAGAUGGUCAAGCAAAUGGCCAUCAAUCACCACAGCAACUCAAGUCUGACUCGGAUGUACCUAUAGAUCCAUCAAUCGCCGCCCAGACGAGCCCGACUUACGCCAGUCACCAACAGCAAUACUCUCCCUACACGCCCCACCACGACAUGCAGCACUACCCGGGCCAACCCCAAACACCCAUGGGCUACCCAUCGCGCCCUGAAUGGGCUGGCCAUUACCCUCAGCCAGGCAUGCACUACGGUCAUCCCGCCUCUUCAGGUCCCCCGGCGCCUGCAAUGGUUUCUCCUGUUCAGCGACCACCAACUGGCGGACACCCCUUGUCUACAGUCUACUCAUUUGUUCCCAUUCCUGGCGCACAGCAACACAAGCGACCACGUCGGCGAUAUGAGGAAAUUGAGCGCAUGUACAAGUGCGGCUGGAACGGGUGCGAGAAGGCUUACGGUACUCUGAACCACUUGAACGCCCACGUUACCAUGCAAUCUCAUGGCUCAAAGCGAACACCAGAAGAAUUCAAGGAAAUUCGCAAGGAGUGGAAGGCCAAGAAGAAGGAGGAAGAGGCCGCCCGCAAGGCUGACGAGGAGCGACACCGUGCCGACGCGCAGCAGCGCGCUCACGAGGGUGGUGCCCCCGAAGCUCCCGUCUACGGACAGAUGCGACAGUCAGUUGGUGUCCCCGGGCAAGCGCCCCAACAUCCUCAACUCCCUCCGAUCGGGUAUCAGCCUGCCGCCUCUGGCAACACGGCUGCCCCUCAAUACGGCACCCAAAGCCCCGGUCUUCCGGAGGGAAUGGCUCAGUAUGCCACCCCCAACAGCAAUGCGUACAACAGUCCCAAUAGUAACAGCAGCAGUUAUCCACAAUCGCCCUAUGGACAGAAUCCUCAAAUGUACCAACAGAACCACUAA